ACUUAUGUAUUUAAUGUUAAACAGGCCAUAGAUGAUGCUGCUGAUAAAUUAGAUCAAUCGGAUAAGAAUAAUGUGGUUGAGAAAUGCAAUGAAACCAUAAAAUGGCUCGAUAACAACACCACAGCUGAGAAAGAAGAAUAUGAAUAUAGAAUGGAGGAAUUAACUAAAAUUUGUAGUCCGAUUAUGACAAAGAUGCACCAACAGGGCAAGGGCAAACCAGGCACAGAACCAACCAGUUGCGGUCAACAAGCCGGAGGUUUUGGUGGUGGCAACUACAGAGGUCCAACUGUUGAAGAAGUUGACUAAAUGCCAAAGAUUUGUAAAUUGUAAAUUGUAAACUUUAAAUUGUAAAUAUUGUAAUUUAGUGAAAACUUAUUUUUAGAUGUAGAUGUAUAUGUUAAUUUGAUCUAUCGAUGAAAUUGUAUUACUUAAAG